GUGAUGGCGGUGAGCCGACUGAGCGCGAACCCUUUCCUUGGGAUAGUGGCGCAGGGGGCCGCCAAGCUGCCCGGCCACUUCAUGGUGAACUACUGUGGGGCGAGGUUCGGUCGCCGUUGGUCCAGUGUCGCCAGUGCGCUGUUGGCUGCACUGGCCAGUCUCCUCGUCUUCUACCUGCUGACUGAACACAUCGAGGGCGCAGCCAUCGUGAUGGCGACCAUGCUGAUGCAGUUGAGCACCGUCGCCGGUAUGGGCAUGGCCAACCUGCAGAGCAUCGAGUUGCACCCCACGUGUCUCCGCCAGAUCGCAACGAGUGUUGAGUAUGCUGUUGCUGGGAUUUCCAUGUCUUCCCUGCCCUACCUGGCGCUGAUGAAUGACAAGCGAUUUCCCUUCGCCAUCCUCUGUGCCCUCGAGUUGAUGGUAGCGUUUUCUGUGUCGUUCCUGCCAGAAUCUGCGUUGCGGCGAUUACCAGAGACGUUAAGGGAUGGUGCCGUCUUUGGCAGAGGGCAACCAUACUGGAGCUGGAAACCAAAACCACCUCUUCAGUACGCCACAGGAUGAAGGAGUUCCAGAACUUCCUUAUAGCGUAGUUCUACACUGGUCAUAGUGUAGCAGCUGACAUGUUAAUGCGACGCUAGCAGUUUGCUGACAUCUUACAUUACUUGCUCGGCCUGCUAUGAGUGAUUAACAGUGCAGUUCGAACUUUUUUUCUAAUCUGUAAACAGUAGCACGAAAACUAAGGCUGACCAGGAUUAGAUUAUAAAUUUACUCUCUGGUGCAACUAGCGACUCCGCAGAAUCAGUUUUUACAAGACACAGGCAACAAUUACUGGACGAACUACUUGCAGGGUCCAUCUCCACGUCCAUCUCCAUGGUUUCUGUCUAACCAUUUAUGACCGCCCUAUCCAAACUAAACCAUCAUGGAAA